AUGAGUGCCACGAUCCGCUCCUACGCCUUUUCCUUCUUCCGCCCCCUCAUCCUGAAAAAGAGCUUGGGUUAUUCCCAGACUCUGUCGCUUGUCCUGUCUACGCCUCCGGCCAUCUUCGCCGUCAUAACCUCGAUGAUCAUUGCCAGACUCUCUGACAGAUGCAGGAUGAGAAGUCCUUUUUACGUUCUUCAAUGUGUCAUGGGUAUGGUCGGACUAGCCAUGACUGGCUAUCUUAAAGCUCCUGGUCCAAGCCUGGCAGGCCAACAACUGCAGAGAAGGUCGGAAGCGGGCUGUGGCGGGUGGCCUGCAAAUCAUGUUUGGCGCCAGCGGAGGUCUUGCCGCCACCUACAUUUAUCGCCAGCAGGCACGUACCGACACCCUGCUGCAAAUGAUGAAUGUUUUUUGCUCGCUGACCGAUCCAUGGGACAGGAUGCUCCUGGCUAUGUGCCCGGAAUGACGACCGUCAUUCCGGUCGUCGCUCUAGCCAUCUUUGUGGCCAUCGGCACCUCACUGGCGGUUCGGAAACUCAACAAGGACGCUGAUGAAGGGAAACGCAUCCUUGAAGGUAUCGAGGGGUUCAGAUAUGCGUGGUAG